AUGGUAUUCAUUCACCCAACCCAAGACAACACCCAUAACCUUCGAAGACUAGAAAAUCCUCAGAUGUCAGGCAGAGCUCGAAGGUACAUGAGUAAGCGAGAUCGCGCGUGUGACUCCUGUCGGGCGAAGAAAGCAGCCUGUCGCAUUGAUCGAUCGCCUCCUUGUUAUCUUUGCACACUUCAUAGGAAAGAGUGCACAUUCAUGCAGCCAACGGCAAGGACGCGGCAACCGUUUUCCAAUGCAAUCUGUCCCGACUUCUCAGAAGAUGAGUUAGACCCGCGCUCAAGGUUGCACGAGGUUCCGCCAGUUGGCGACUCGGCUGAUGAUAUUUUGAUGGCAAUUGAUGAUGGUGAAAACAAUCCAGUUGCCGGUAUGUCAGAAGAAUUUACCGGUCUUUUUGACCGGUCCGAAGCUUCAAUAGCAGGUGUAUUUGACGAUGGGACGUGGGAAACUGGAUUUAGUCCAGGGAAUUUCUUUCACACGUCCCCACAGUUGGCAAGAGUUCGACAUUCGGCCGAUGAGGAAUCACCACAAGCUACUUGUCCAGCAGUGCCCACAGAAAGGGAUGGCCCCUCAGUUUGUCUUGACACUCAAGGUUCAAUGACAGCACAAUUGCUCGGCAGCACUGGCGACAUGGACCCUUUACUGAUCAGUCGGUACCAGUACAAUACAUCUGAGGCUUUUCAUUUCAAAAAUCUCAGUAUCCAAUCCGUAUCGUCAGGCUCCAACCCAAUCCAGUUUUUAAUGUCAAAACCAUCAAUAUUCGGUGCCAGCAGGGAAGAAAAUGGAUGCGACAGCGUUUCGACGCUUGAAUUGAGGCAGAAACUCGAAUCCUUGGUACCAGCAGGUAUUGGCCUCAGACUUAUCAGUCUAUUCGAUAGGAUCGUCAUACCAGAAUAUCCUAUGCUCCUUCCACCAGGUCAACUAAAUCCCAAGACCACCCCGCCAUACCUCCUUGCAAGCGCAUAUCUAAUAGUCGAGCCCUUCACUAAAUUUGACGAAAAACUAUGCAUUGAUCUCGCAUACGAUAAGCCAUCGGCAGUCGCACUUCAUCAAAUUAUAAACGAAGCGAUUCCAUAUGAAAUGCAUGCACCGAAGCUAUGUAUCAUACAGACAUUGCUUACUUUGGUCAUUCGACCUUACCCGAACCCAAUUGUGUUAGAUAGUGGCUUCAAAUGGUCACAGCUCGCUGCUCUUAUUGCUUGCGCUCACACCCUCGGGCUGCAUUUGGACCCAAGAUCUUGGCAAAUAUCCUCAUGGGAAAUAUUUCGGAGACGGUGCUUGUCUUGUCUCAUUUAUUCGACAGACAAGUGGCUUGCUUUGAGUCUUGGGCGUCCAGCUUUGCUGCAUUAUGAUAACUGGCUUGUGACAAGUCUUAGCCAAAACGAUUAUUCUAUUAGCAGCCUUGACCCUUUAGCUUGGUCAAAAAUUAUGAAGCGAGCGGAACUCGACUCUCUGCUUGACCGCGUCCUAACCCAAUUAUAUUCUCCUCGUUCCAUCAACGCGUUGUGUGCCGAUUUUCGGAAGACCGUCGCAAUAACUGGUCCAUUACUUCAGGAUCUCCAUUUGUGGCAUGGACAAGCAUCCGCACCAUCGAGCCAUUCCCGACCAUCAGACCAAGGCAGACCAGUGGGGCUAGAGAGGACGCUUGAAAUGAACUACCAUUAUAUUCAUUUAAGCAUUUGCAGGGCUGCCCUCAGACCAUUUAUGCAGCCGACUAUUGAAAGGUCGAAUGAUACAGAGUAUGUGAUGGCACGUGAACAGGCGCGGAUCCGAGCAGAAGUUUGCAUCUCGGCAGCGGUUGACUAUAUUCACGAUUUAAAGCCUGAGGACCUUGAAACUGCAUGGCCAGCCUGGAGUGCGACCGCAUUCUCAUCCAUAUGUUUCCAGAUACUCGAAAUGGCCGCGAGCUCCGUUGAUUGCAAGGAGGCAGAUAAGUGGGUGGCUUGUCUCCGUGACGUGCGCCGGGACAUGCGCCUGAAGGCCGAUUUCCUACCUUGCCUUCAUCUUGGCCUUCUGCGGAUUGACUCUAUAUUUUGGAAGGGGGUGGAGAAUGUGUUGCAUCUGGAAGAGCAUGUUCGGCAAGCCUUUGCAUCGUGAUCUAGCAUACUACGUCGGCCUUUUGGCAUAGCUGGUCGGUCAAGUGAUCACUCACCCACUACCGCUAGAUGAAC